AUGGAUCGACUUCGCGAGAGCGCUCUAUUCACCAAGGCAAAGUCAUCCAAGCAAGAGUAUGCUCAAAUUGACGGCAAUGACAGUGAAGAAGCUGUGUUAUACCAAGCUACUUCGGCUGCACAGCCACGUUGGCGCCUGAUUCCUCUCAUCUCAUCAUUUUUACUCGGUGCAUUGACCGUAGUACUAGCACUUGGUCUAUGGCAAAUUAUCAUCGCCAACAACCACAACAAAAGGACAAAUCGACCUUUUCCCGAAAUGCGCGAAGGCGCUGAUGAAAAAACUGGUCUGCCGUUAAGUUGGUCUCACGGCGACUGUGGAAACUCUCCCGCCGACGCGCAAGCCCUCGGCUGCCGAUACAGCAUCGUGUUGCACUCUUGGCUCCCCCAGGAUUGCCUUACGGACGAUGACAUGGAAGACGAAAAGCUCAUGUAUGACGGUCGCAACUGGCCGUAUGAAAUCAACGGCAGAAAUCUCACCAUGGAUGAGCUUCACCUUGGUGACUAUGAUCACUUUACUACGACAUUUGACUGGCAUGUUGUCCACUGUAUGUACGUGUGGAAAAGAAUUCACAGAGCGGCGUUAGAUGCGAGCCGAAAAAUUGACUCGUAUACGGCAAAUUUCCACCAUACAAAUCACUGUGUUAAGAUGAUUGGUGGUGAUCCGGGUGGCAUGAAGGACUCUGGAACCAAGAUUUUUGUCAAAUAUCCCAUCUGUGCUUAA